AUGAAAGGUAAAUAUGAAUUAAAAUCUAAUUAGGAUUAUCAAAAUGUGACAUAUUUGGUCAGACAAUUACAUUAAGAAUGAAUAAAUAAAAUUUUUAUAAGACUGCAUUUGGGGGAUGCGUAUCACUUAUUUUGUUUAUUGUGAUGCUGUUGAUUUUUUCUCAAAAUUUAAUCUCAUUUUUGAACAAAGAAAAUUUGACUGCAACAGUAUUAACCACAUUUGAAGAAUUUCCAUCUUUAGCUACAUUGAAUGAUGACACUUUUGCAUUUGCUAUUCAAAUUGAAUAAAAUGAUUUUAUUGAGAAACCUUACUUUAACAUUUAAGUUGAAUAGAAGCAUACUACUAGAUUUUUAAAUGGAUCAAAAAUGGAAAAUACUUCACAACUUGUUCUCAUACCAUGUACAUUAGAUAGAUUCACCAAUAUUUUUAGUAAAUAUGAUGUUAAUAUAACAAAAUAAUUUUAUGAUCUUGAUUUAUAGAAUUUCUUGUGCUUCGAGUAAAUAAUAUAAAUUACUUUAGUUAUAAUUCAACAUUUACUAUUCAAGGUACUAAUUCAAGUAAUUAUUAUGAAAUAAUUUAAAGAUUAACAAUUUUGGUAUUUGAAAAUUUCAGUAAAUAAUUGUGUUACAAAUUAAUCGUGUGCUUCAGAAACUGAAAGAUAAAAUGAAAUCGAAAAGAAUGGCUCCUUUAAAUUGAGACUCUACACUGUUAAUCAAGUUAAUACUUUUACUUAUUUAUUAGAUAUUAAAUCCUUAAAAUCCUGACGAUUAAUACUUAUAAACAUUCAUAGAUGAUUCAUUUUACCUAAAAUUUCUACCCUCAGAUGUUUACAAAACUGUAGAUAUAUUCCUUAAAGAAUAUGAAGUCUUAAACGAUUUGAGUUUAACUCCUUUUAGUGAUAUCGAAUUGUCAAAAUUUUACAUCUUAGAUCAAUCUGAAAUGAAAGAGAGAAUUGAAUACCAAUCCAAAAGCUCAGAUGAUAUUGCUACUAUAUUCUUUCGUAAAAGUCCUUACAAGACUACUAUUUACAGAAGUUACUUAAAAAUCGAUGAAUUACUAUCAAAUUUGGGUGGCAUCUAAUAGAUUUUCUUCUUUUUUCUUGGCAUAAUUCUGUCACUCUACAACAGAUUCUAAUGUAUCAUUUUAAGUUAAAUUAAGUACUGGUUGAAUUGGCUAAUAAACUGUAUGAAUUUUCUUUAAUUCAAUUACAACAAGAAAAAAUUCAUGAAGAAAAUUUAGAAUAGAUAAACCAUUUAACAACAGAAAGAUAAGAAGAACUAAGAACGAGAAGAUUAACUGAUUAAGAUUUAGAGAUUAAGCUUGUUAAUCCGAGUUAGAUUAAGCAGAAGGAAAAAAACGGAAUAUUGAAAUUUGGCUUAAAACAGUAGGAAGAUGAUUAAGAAAUCAAUUACCAAGAUGAUGAAGAUAGAAAUGUGAAAGAAGCUCACGGCAAAUUCUAGAGAUCAUCCACUCGAUUUAUUAGAAAUCCAUUUGGAAAUAAAAUUAGACCAGAAAACGGCCUAUAAUAUUUCAAAUAAUAAAUCAUUACAAUUAUUAAUAGAUCUUAACCAGUCUUAUUAAGUUUCAGCAUGAUUAUCAAUUUCAUCACUUGUAAUCAGUGUUGCUCAAAUAAAAAAAAUAUAUAGUUAAUGAAUAAAGCCAUGUAAAUUUGUAUUUCAUUGUAGAGACUAAAUUACAGAUUAGAUAGAUUUAUUUAAUAUAUUAACUAAAUUAAAUGAAUUAGACAAAAUGAAAGAAGUUAUUUUCACACCUGAACAGUUAUUGGUCUUUAAUUUCACUCCUAAGCCUAUGAUUUCAUUAGAUACUACAAAAAAAACAAUAAAUCGAUCCUAUUUUGAAUAGAGAUCCAAAUGUGACAUUGAGAUAUAGUAAUGCAUCACAUAUAUAUUAAGACCUAAACAAAAAGAGGAAAAUAAAUAUGAAACUAGAUUACCUUCUCAGAGAGGAAUGCAUUUAAGAGGAGAUGCUUAAUUGUAUUAGGAUAUAUAUAACGUAGAAUUAUUUACAAUAAUAAAUUAGGCAUACGAUGAAGUUCUUUAGGAUUAAGAAGAGAAUAUUAUUAAUAAACAAUUAAUAAAAAAGUUAGGUCCUGAAGUUUAAGCUAUUUUCAAACUGUCCAAAUUCAUUGAUCAGUAAAAAUUAUCCGCAAGGGGAUAGAAAAGAAAGCAUUAAUUAAAAUAUAACGAACCUCCUAGUAUUGAUUGA